CUCGCUCGUGAGUCGCGACCCCGGCCCCUCGUCCCCGUCCUGUCGUGGUCCUGUCCCAAGUCCAAGCCGCAACGUUCGGCGAGCGCCACGAUCUGGUCUGGUGGUGGAGAACGAGGAGCGCACCGCGAGCCGCCCCGACCGGAGCGCGGAAUAAAUCCCAUUCCCAGCACAACCAAACCUCCACAUCUCCAUGGAACUUAUUACUACAACCCCAAGGAAUUUCGUGUGCUCCAGAACCGCUCGCUCCUGACCUGAUCUCGGGGCCUGCGAUCCGGUCUGCUUCGUCGUGCUCGUGGUAGCAGCAUGGCGUCAUGGCAGCAUCCCCGUCGUCGUCCACCACCAGUUUACUCAGUCCUCGUCUCCGCAGCGGGUUCACAUGUGAACCCGCCGCCUCACUCUGACUGCGCGUAGCUGUAGCAGCAGCCGUAAAUCUCCUUCGCCACCGCGACCCGGCAAAAGUCCUCCUGCCGUUGCCGCUGCCUCUGCUCCGGCCGUUUCGGCUUUUCCUCCCCCGCCGCAGCCGCAGCCGCAGAAAGCCCGCAAGAAAGCUCUCGAGCUCGCAAUCAAACCUUCCUUUUCGCCCAGCCUUCCUUCCACACUCCUCUCUCCGCAGGCAGCGGUAAUAACUCCCUUCCUCGCCGUCCUUCCUUAAAACCGGAGGGGAGUUACGUUACGCCGCCGCCGCCAUUAAGCCCCUGCUCCGGCAACCGUUUCAAACCCUCUCGCCUCCGGUCACAAUCCUUACCCCCCCUCCGCCACCAAUCGUCAAGCACCCAAGAAGAAAGUUGACAGGGAAGGACUGGAGGAGUAAGAGGCGACAGCCCGCUCCCUGACGCCUCCUCCUCUGCCCACAUCCGUUCGGGAAACCUUUACCUUACCAGCGAUCGCUCUUGCUCUUGCUCAUUCAGGUCCCGUCCCCAUCCAUCCAUCCACCGUCGUCGUGGUCUUCCAUCUCGAUUUCUCUUUCGUGGUCCGGUGAAAAGCUGCUUCCGCUUGUCCCUUCCUCCACAGGGUAGCAAGCAAGCGGAGCUGCUUGCGCCUUGUCCUCGAUUCUUUCUCUAAUUCUUGGUCCCUCUCAUCUGAUGCUGGAUGGCUCCGGAUUAGGCCCCGGGUCCUCCCUCCUCACCUAAUCUUGUUUCUACUCACGGUUGGUAGUGCUACUGCCCGCUUGCCUUGCCGGUCCAAGCAAUCAAUCGAUCUACCCUCCCUCCCUAGUCUCUACCUACAUAGCCAGCCUCCACGCACCACUCGGACCUCUCCAGAGUCGCCUCCAAGACUUCACACCAGCCCAUCGACAUCACCGCUCCUUCCCUAGAGCCUUCUUCCUCCUCCGUCUGCUGGUUGCUGGGAGGUUAGGGGGCAGUGCUUGCUUCAGGGGAGGGAGGCUUCGGAUGCUGCGCGGUGAUCGUUCCCUGAGGUAAUCAAGGCCAGAUUUUCCAGCAUUCACUAGAUUUUUGCUUCUUCGGUGAGGAUGGAGCUCCUCUAUUUGGAAAGGAGAAAUGGAUUACGCGGCGACAGCGCCGCUCCUGAGUUCAGUGGAAGAUCAGAAGAGGAACAUCAUCAACACCUGCCAGCUGUUGCACCUGAGGUUGAGCCUGAUCUGGUGCUGGUAAACUACAGGCAGGCAUUUCCAUUAGAUGAGAGGAAGAGCAGGAGCUGCCAGUCAUGCCACAGGUCACCGUGCUCUUGCGGUGGCGACGCGCCUGGCCCGGACUCGUGCCCGACGCUUCCUGCCAAGAUGAUGAUCUUGGAGUUCCUGAUAAGAAGCCUGAGGCACCCAACAAGAACCCACAACGUGAGUGAUCUCGAUGACCUGAUCAGCGGCGGAGCCAGCGCCGGGGAUGUCACCCUGGCUCCUUCGGACAAGAUGAUGCUGGACUCCUUACACGCACUGGUGAACGCCAAGACAAGGCCGUCUACGAGCCCCUCGUUCUUCCUCCCGGGGGCCAAGAUGAGGAAAACCCGGUCAAGAUCCCACACCAUAACACAGUCAGAGAUACUGAAGCUGAUAUCCCCGGAGACAUGGGAGAUGUCCUCCCCCGGGGCAUCGUCGCCGUCGAAGAGAAGCACGGCGGAGCUUGCCGCCGCGGCGCCUUCUUGCUCAGGCACGGCAUGUCUGAGGUCAAGUCAGCCUUGUCUGUCCUCACACCCAGCACCAUCAUCAUCUCUUAGUGCGGGCCUUCUGCAGUGUGUUUGGAAAGAUGGGCUCCCUCACUUCGAACUGUCACUGGACAACCCUAUGGCGAUGUACACCGCAAGCCCUGUCAGGCCAGCCGCCGCCGUCGAUUACGUCUACAUGUUCCAUUCCGACGAGCAAGGGAAGAAGGACUGGAUGGGGAACUACUCGAGCGGCGUGUCGAAGCUCGUCGGCAAGAUGAAGGUGUCAAGCUCCCUGGUCCUGGGCUCAGGCGGGACAGGCUGUGUGGAGACUGAGUUCGUCAUGUAUGGCUCCCCUGAUGACUACCUGAGGCAGAUGCAGAGCACCUUCAGCGUUGCAAAGGGCAAGGGGCUGGUGAAGAGGGUGGCAGAGAUCAUGAGGUCGCCCAAUGCUUAUUCCUCUAGCCCGAAGCACGCUGCAUGGGGGAGGCUUGGCAGACCUUCUUCCCCGCUGCCGUUCGACGACGACGUGCGCGAGACGCUCGACGGCGAACUGGGCGGUGCUGGAAAGGCGACAGGGUUGGCGAGCCUCGCCGCCGACGAUCUGCCGACCAACCAGGAGGUGGCGGCGAUCGUGGUGAGGGAACGGCGGGAGGAGCCUGCCGUCGUCGGCGGCUGGGGGCUCAAGUUCCUUGAGAAGGCCGGAGGAGCCGCUCAUGCAGAGAGCAGGAGUAAGAAUGCAAGGUGGUGCAUAAGCGCCAUUGUGCCAAGAGGAUACCACGGCGGCGUGGCUGCCGAGAAGGGCGGCCCGUCGGGGCUCGUCGAGCGAUGGCGGUCCGGCGGCCGCUGCGAGUGCGGCGGGUGGGACCUCGGCUGCCCUAUCAGAGUGCUGAGCAACGACGGCGGCGGGUCGUCGUCGCCGUCGCCGCGGGACGGCGGCAAAUCGGUGGAGCUGGCACUGACAGGCGGCGGCGACGAGCCGGCGGUGAGGCUUGUGAGCGUCGCGGAGGGCCUCUACAUCCUCUACUUCGACGCCGGCGUGGUCUCCCCGCUGCAGUGCUUCGCCGCCGGCGUAGCGGUGGUCCACAGCCAGGCGCCGCAGCUUCACCCAAAACUGUGAACCGUCUGUAAUUGAGCGGUGAACAAAUUGACCCUCUUGUAAGAUUGUUUUUACUCUUUUCACUGACAGAGAUGGCAGGCAAAAGUGUGCUAGAGCUCGAGCUGUUAAUUCAUCAGCUUUUCUGGAUGAAUGCUGAAAACUGUAGUAGGAAUCACAGCUCAUGUAAAAAAUGCUGCUGUAUAAAGUGCACAAAGGUAUUUACAGAUUGUUUAACUUCA